AUGUCGCGCUACGACACGGCACUCACCACCUUUGCGCCCGACGGCCACCUCUUCCAGGUUGACUACGCCCUCGAGGCCGUCCGGAAAGGCACCUGCGCGGUCGGCGUCCGCGGCAAGGACUGCGUCGUCCUCGCGGUCGAGAAGAAGAGCGUCCUCCAGCUGCAGGACCCGCGCACGGUGCGCAAGACGGCCAUGCUCGACGACCACAUCUGCCUCGGCUUUGCCGGCCUCACCGCCGACGCCCGCAUCCUGAUCGACCGCGCGCGCAUCGAGUGCCAGUCGCACCGCCUGACAGUCGAGGACCCGGUCACGGUCGAGUACAUCACGCGCCACAUCGCCGGCAUCCAGCAGAAGUACACGCAGUCCGGAGGUGUGCGUCCGUUCGGCAUCUCGUGCCUCAUCAUCGGCUUCGACCACGACGACCCUCGCCCUCGCCUGUACCUCACCGAGCCCAGCGGCAUCUUUUCGGCAUGGAAGGCGAACGCGGUCGGUCGCUCGUCCAAGACGGUGCGCGAGUUCCUGGAGAAGCAGUACAAGGCCGACCUCUCGACCGACGAGACGAUCCAGCUCGCCGUCAAGGCCCUCCUCGAGGUCGUCCCGACCGGCGCGGCAAACAUCGACUUGGCGGUCAUGGACGGGUUCGGGAGCGUGCGGAACCUCACGGCCGACGAGCUGACGGCGGUCGUCAAGAAGAUCGAGGAGGACAAGGAGGCCGAGGCUGAGCGCAAGCGCUCUCGCCUCGCGCAGGCGGCGGCGUCGCGCGACGCCAUCUUCACCGGCGACGGCGCGGCGCCGAGCGGUGGUGCGGGCGCGGCGGCGGCAGAGGAGGAGGCUGGUGCGGGUGCGGUCUAGAUUGGCGAGGUGCUCGCUCGACCGAGUGGAACGCAGAGAUGUACAGCCUC